AUGAAGGCGAAAGAGCCCCUUGGUGUUAACGAGCUAGGCCAAGACAAGGCCCUGUUGCAGGACCACGACCACGACAGAGAUAUUUCUGAAGAAGUGUCGUUUUUGGCAGAUGGCAGAAAAGGUUCAGUUCUAGGGCGGCGCUCUAGAAGCUGGGCGUGCAUUUGCCUGGUCGCAGCUUUCAUUGCUGCGCUCGUCCUUGGCGCUGUGGUAUGGCGCUAUGCAGCGCCGCUCCAGCAGAACGCCUCACAGUCUCAACAGUCUCAACAGCCUCAACUGGCCAUUGACCUGCACCCAGAAGAGCACAGUGUACGACCAUCUACUACAUUGACAUUUCACUGGGAUAUUACGAGCGGCUACUUGUCGCCUGACGGGACGCGAAAAAGAAUACAUCUCGUGAACGGGGAGUUUCCUGGACCGGUCAUUGAGGCGCGCUCUGGUGACCGUAUCAUUGUUCAUGUUACCAACAGUUUGGGGGACAAUGAAGGCCUCUCUCUGCAUUGGCAUGGACUGCAGCUGCGCGGCCACAACAGAAUGGACGGUGCGGUCGGCAUCACGCAGUGUCCCAUACCUGCGGGCCAAAAGUUCAUAUAUGACUUUCAGAUUGGCGAUGAUGAGCACGGUACAUUUUGGUGGCAUAGCCAUGCCCAAUUUCAGCGAGCAGAUGGCUUAUACGGCGGACUAGUCGUUCACAAACCCACCACUAAGACGGCCGCGCGGAAAGAGAGGGAAGCACUGUUGCUGGUGGGCGACUGGUUCCAUUCCCAGCAAGAAGAUGUCUUUGCACACUACGACACCGCCCUCAGCUAUGGCAAGGAGCCUAUUCUGGAUGGCGUCUUGGUCAAUGGACAGGGACAGCACCAUUGCCGACCAGACGAUGACAAUCCAUGUUCUGACGGCGGGCCGGCAGAUUUGCGGCCCAUUCUUCGGUCUGCAGAGACCACAAGGCUACGGAUUGUCAACACGGGAACUGUCGCCGGAUUGAGCUUUGCAAUGGAGGACGCAACCUUGCAAGUCAUCGAGGUCGAUGGAGGCUGUCCGGUGGAAACCUCUCCACAGAGAUCGCUUGGCAUCUUGUAUCCUGGGGAAAGAAUCGACGUGGUGCUGGAUUGGACCCCGGCGGACUUCAGAAAAAAUCUCUAUUUACAAAUACAAGUCGAUGAAGAAAAUUUCGUGGCAUGGCAGAAGAAACUGGAUUUAAACUAUGCAUUUCUUGCUCUUCCGGAGAGUGGCAACUCUUCUGAUAGACCCGUCCUAGCAAAAGAUCUUUUUCAGAUUGCGAGUACCACACAUCUGCAACUCUCUAAUAUCAAGUCUUCCACGAUUGAGAGCAACUUCUCCCAAGAAGACGAGACACAAACCGUGCUGUUCUUUGUCAAAACGCAGCUCCUCAAUCAAUACCAGAGACGGCCGCUGGGAUAUAUCAACUCCACAUUCUGGAGGCCUCAAGAUACGCCUCUGCUGGCGCUCAACCGGUCUUCAUGGGACGAGCACCAGAAUUUCCCCUUUGUCGGCACAUCCACAGGCCCGAAGCGCGUUGGCCUCAUCAUCAACAACCACGAUGACGGCGCACAUGCUUUCCAUCUCCAUGGCCACAAUUUCUACGUCCUGUCGUCCUUUCAAGCGACGGAUAGAUACGAUGUGCCUGGCAGCUACAACCCGUACCGCCCGAACGAGGGCCCGCUGCGCGGGUGGGUGAAUUACAAGAACCCGUUGCGUAAGGAUACAGUGGUCGUGCCAAGCAUGGGCUACGUUUGGGUUACAUUCAUGGCAGAUAACCCGGGAUUGUGGCUGCUCCAUUGUCAUAUGAUGGUGCAUCAGGCGGCGGGCAUGGCUGCAGGAUUCCAUGUGGGCACGGAGGAUGAUCAUGAGCAUGUCCAGGGGCAGGAGACUGCUGCCUUGCGGCUGUGCAAUUCUAAAUAA